GAAGGGCAUCCGGUGUGCGCGGCGAAGGGAGCGCAGCCGGCGGCGGGGCCUCGGUCCGCCCGUGGGGCAUGGGGAGGAAUGAGAGUGAUGUGGAAGAGGAGGAAGAGAGAGUAGGUUAACGCUGGCUGCUGACCCCAGGAAGGCUUUGGGAAAUGGCCUCUCCGUUCGCUGGGCCCACAGCAGUGGCUGAUGUAAUUAAAGAUCUAGACACGCAGAUAGCUUUGAUCGGUUUGGGCCCCCACAACCCCAAGAAGAAGCAGGACCUUGACAAGCUUUAUGAUCUAAAAGCUAAAGCCCAACAGAUUAUGAACCAGUUUGGCCCAUCUACCUUGAUCAACCUCUCCAACUUCUCCUCCAUAAAGCCUGAACCUGCCAGCACCCCUCCUCAGAGCUCCAUGGCCAACAGCACCGCCGUGGCAAAGAUGCCCGGCACACCCAGCGGAGGAGGGCGGCUCAGUCCUGAGAGCAACCAGGUUUUAACCAAGAAGAAAUUGCAGGACCUGGUGCGUGAGGUGGAUCCAAAUGAGCAGCUGGAUGAAGACGUGGAGGAAAUGCUGUUGCAGAUCGCCGAUGACUUCAUAGAGAGUGUGGUGACAGCUGCCUGCCAGCUCGCGCGGCACCGCAAGUCCAACACCCUGGAAGUGAAAGAUGUCCAGUUGCACCUUGAGCGUCAGUGGAACAUGUGGAUCCCGGGCUUUGGUUCAGAAGAAAUCAGGCCCUACAAAAAAGCCUGCACUACAGAAGCUCACAAACAGAGAAUGGCACUGAUUCGCAAAACCACCAAGAAAUAACGCCUGGGAGAAGCUCAAGGUGACACUGGUGCAUUUUGGGAUCCCUGCCUCUCACUGCAGCCUCUGCGAUGCCACCCGUGGGAUAUUUUUGUUAAUGCUUUACAGAGAAGCAUAUAUUUUUUAUUAAUGGUGCAGCAAUAUCUGACUUUGUGAGGAGAUCUGCCAAAAACAUUCUGUCCUCGUUUCCCCAUAAGAGCGCAGCGUAUCUCAAAGCAAAGACUUUUAUUUGUGACUUGAAAGUGGUUUAUCGUAUAAGUGAUUAUCUGAGGAACAGAGCAUUUGAUGGUGUGUGUGGGACAGUAUUAGAAGCAUCUGUAGAGGUUUUUGUUUCCUCCUUCUGCCCCUCCCUGCUCCAGUACUUUGUAAUGUCAGUGUUUAUAUAAAUACUUGCAUUUGUUUUACAUGAAUAAAGAAAUUAUUAAUCUAAAA